GAAGGUCACACCACUGACUAUAAUGGCGGGAGCUGUACACGAAUUUCAUCUUGUAAACAAUAUUUUUCGAUAAAAUGGUUAAAGCACAGGCCAAACCGUGCGCCAAGGCAUCAGAUGUGAAGGCCGCAACAAGACGCUAUCGUCUGCGUGGUAAAAAACUGUCGGAGGAAGCUAUUUUGGAAACCCAAUCGGAGCCACACUACCCGCUAAGAAAAUGCGUGGUAAAAAUAAGGCGCACCAAAUUCGCGCAGAAUGCCGUGCCUAGUGGAUCGCAAAAUGUUCCGCCCGAUGUGGAUACAAGCGCUUUUCUGCCGGCUCGCAAUUCGACGAUGUACGUUCCCCAGAAAGUACAGAUUGAAAAGAAACCCAAGUUUAGCAAGAAGGAGGUAGCUGGUCCACCCUCUGACAAGCCUCCGCAGGAUAUGUCAUCCGCAAAACCAUCGCGCUUCUUUCACAGGGAUCAGCCACCCACAAGGACCAGAUCAUCGGUGAUCCGCAAUGUCUUCGACUUCCUCUCGCAAUCCGAGAUCGAAGAUGACAAUAGCAGGGAGGAUCCUGCAGCAGACAUAGUUAAGCGCAUGGUAAAGGACGGCAAGGCCUGCGUGAUGGUGCGCUCAGCCAAAUCGGGAAAAACAAGGGUCAAGCCGAUGAAAAAGAAAAUAAGACCUGUAGGCAAGCGAAAAAAGGUUUCUCUGAAAGACGAGGAGCCUGAGCCAGUCCAGAUUGUUCCCAAAGUCAAAGAACUACGCAUGCAGAAGCCUUCUUGCCCAUUGUCGCCCAUUUACGAACCUGAAGACGACUCCAGAGUUGUUGCGGAGGAAGGGUACAUGGAGCCCACUGAGGUGCCCGUUCAGGUGCAUGUCCAGCCGAGCCCUUCCAAGCAAGCCCACGAUGGCACCUACAGCAAUUUGGCCCGAUCCGCAAUGCUAAAUCAAACGCAUACGCAGAACCCGCAAAACUCAAAGAACAGACGUCGAGAGCUGAUUAACAUGGCACGUCAGUUGGUGAGCACGCCCAUAGUUCACAAGGUUCACCCGGCACCAAAUGCAAAUGUCUCAGCUGUUGCAAUAUCGCCUAUUUCCCGCCCAUCUCCGACAGCCGGGAGUCCAUCGGGUGGGGCAUCCCCUUGGCGCGUUUCCGACGAGUCACCUAUGCCUAACACUUUCAUGUUCGGCUUCAACACCUCCCAGCUGCCGUCGUAUUCCAGUGAUCAUGUGCGGCGAAGGCAUGUCUAUGUGCCGGACGUACAAGCGGAGCAAACUAAAGAGCCCGUUCACGAGGAAUCCAUUUGUCCGGCUUUGCACGAGCAAAGUCAUGGCUCAAAUGCAAACGACUCUAACGAGGAGAAUCGCCCGCCUCCCACUGCCAACAAAACAACAACUUUCAAUAAUCAUGAAAAUGCUGUCAACGCGGAGGAUGCGGACUUUGUGCACCUGCCGAAUCCACGAAAAACUCAGCAAAAGCGGACGCCCUUUAAGGAUAUUAACAUCCUAGAUGUGGUGGUGUUGCCAUCAUGGAAGAAGAAUCUGCCGACCACUCCCUCGAAAGAAGUCUCUUCCACCAGAGUGUCCACUAUACCAGCAGCAACUGCAUCGCCAGCACAUCGCACUCAAACGCGAGCGAAUCUCUUUGGUUUUGACGAGAUUUUGCCAUGUGAAAGUACACCGAGCAAAUCCACGGAGCCACAAAUUGUGUCGACCCCUCCCUCGAAUGAAUUAUCUUCCACUACUACUUAUCCAGUGCCGACCGCUUCUCCAGCAAAUCACAGUCAAACGCAGACAAACGAUGAAAUUCCUAGAAAACAAAAGAAAACACGGGCAUCUAAUUCAAAAAAUCUCUUUGGCUUUGAGGAAUUCAUCACAGAGAACGAAGAUGUAGCAUCUACUUCUACUGUUCUGAGUCAAAACGAAACCCUGCAUGAAAAACUGCAUCGUCUGGGCGAGCUGCGACCCAGCGAUAAGGAGCUACCAGAGGUAUCAAGCACCUCCUCGCGUGGCAACUACCUAGAGGGAUGGGCUUCGAAGCAGCGAGAUAUCAGAGAUGUGUUUUGCUCCACGAUGAUUUCGGUGCCAAAGCCGCGGAAACGACAAGCUGCACUGGCUGCAGAAGAGACCAUAGGAUUGUUUAAGGAAAACGAGGCCGACCCGGAAAAAACAUUCGACGAAAAGCAACCAAGGCGAACCUAUGUAAAAGAGCUACCCCAGCGCAAGCGGAAGAAGCGAGUACAGCUGCUGUACAUUGAGAGUGAAUCUGAGGACGAGGACGAGCAGGACUCGCACGAAACAAGCUUUGGUUCUCCGCAGAAAAAGCAGCCACAGAACAAACGACCGCGAAGGGAUAUUGAACACGAGGCUAAAUUGAAGGAGUUUAUUACCAGUUUUAACAAGGAGUGUGAGGAAGUUGAAAAAUUCCCAGUGAUAAUUGAAUAAUCACAUUGCCUGUUUAUUUUUUUUAUACUUUUGUUAUGCAGCAGAUUAGGGGAAAACAUGGUCGAUUUAAUUUUAGUUUGCUUUCGUUUUUUUUACUCACUUGUAAAGCUACCUUUUGUCUUUCUAGAAAUAAAAAAAAAGUAUUGCGUUUACCGGAAAAUAUCUAGAGACAAACAUUCGAAAAUGUAUCACUGUAAAAAUAUAACCUAAAAAGUGUCUUCAGAACACUUUAUGCAAUCGUAGUUUGUAAUUUUACUAGAUUAUUACUAUUACCAAGAGCAUGGUUCGAGUGGGUCUUCUAGAGUUCGCUAUUAUGAACAAUUAUAUAGCCUAUACAUAAAUAUCUAUAAUAAUUUAAAAUAUUGGAAUACACAUGUAACAUAAUCAGUUCAGUACCUUUAGUAAUCUUAAAAAUAAACCAGUAUUUUUUACUUCA